AUGUCUGACUGUGUGCCCAGUGAAGAAGCUGCUGCAGGGCCUCUGCUGCCACGCGGGCAGAGCAGGCAGCGGUGGACGAAACCCUUCACCAUCAAUGACUUUGAAAUUGGGCGUCCUUUGGGCAAGGGGAAAUUUGGAAGUGUGUACCUGGCUCGGCUCAAGGAGAACCACUUCAUUGUGGCCCUCAAAGUGCUUUUUAAGUCCCAGAUUGAGAAUGCGGGGAUGGAGCACCAGCUGCGCCGGGAGGUUGAGAUCCAGGCGCACCUGCAACAUCCGAAUAUCCUCCGCCUGUACAAUUACUUCCACGACAGACGCCGCAUCUACCUCAUUCUUGAGUAUGCGCCAAAGGGUGAGCUCUACAAGGAGCUGCAGAAGAUUAAGAGGUUCGAUGAGCAGAGCACAGCUACGAUCAUGCAGGAGUUGGCAGAUGCCCUGACAUACUGUCAUGAGAAUAAGGUCAUUCACAGGGAUAUCAAGCCAGAGAACCUGCUUCUGGGUCUCAUGGGAGAGGUGAAGAUCGCAGACUUUGGCUGGUCUGUGCACACCCCUUCUUUGAGGUGGAUAUUCGGUUCCCCCAGUCCAUCCCUGCAGGUGCCAGAGAUCUGAUAACCAGACUGCUCAGACUCCAGCCCUCAGAGCGCCUGCCCCUGUCUGGCAUCCUGGAGCACCCCUGGGUCAAGGCAAACUCUAAGAGGGUGCUGCCUCCAUCCUCACAGCUGACUUCCUGAGCACCAGCAGCAUAAGAGUGCAAGAGCACUGUGCUCUGUGUGUUUGUUUUCAA